CCAAUCAGCGCACAGUAUUCUCUGACGUUGAACAACAAUGGCGGAUUCAAUGAUUCAACCAAGCUAAGUGGAAACGAUGCUCCUCCCAGUGAAUUUACUAAAAUGUCCAGCCACAGGGAGUGUAUGCUGGCGAUACUGAGGCUGCUUGCAGAUUUCGGAAAAGAGCUCAAAUUAGGUGAUGCUGCAUUGAGAAUAGAAGUCAACCCCAACGCUGUGAAUCUUUCAUCAUCUCCAGCUGCUCAUUUCUAUGGCUGUUUGCAACAACAUAUCACAAAAUUGCAGGCUGUUUCAGAAAUCCUAAAGCCAGUGGUGGAUGCUGAAGCUGUUACACCUGUAACAGACAACACAUUGGAUGAAGCUGUCACAUCAUCCUCAGUCAAAGAGCACACAGUUGAGCACCAUCAUCACAGCUCAGAGGCUGCAGAGAGCAAGACUACGGCUGAUGACGUCAGGAUUCAGAUCAGAGCGGGAAAGUCAGAGAUUGAGCGAAGGAUAUCUGCAUUUAUGGAACGCAAGCAGAUGGAGAUCAAUGAAAACAAUGUGCGCGAGUUUUGCAACGUGAUCGACUGCAAUCAGGAGGACAGCUGUGCUAGAACAGAUGCCGUAUUCACCCCUUACCCAGGUUUUAAAAGCCACGUAAAAGUCACACGAGUUGUCAACACUUACGGGCCGCAGACUCGUGGCGGGGGAGUCCAAGGAGAGACUGGGGAGCAGCAGAGGGGGACAACGGCAAGAGAAUGUGGAAAUGUAGCUAUAGAGGAGCGACUCCAGAACAUCGAAACUCACCUGAAACUCUCAUCGGUGGGACCAGUCCCAUUUAGUGUCUACCAGAGACUCAAAAAGCUCGAGGAUCGUAUCUUGGAGCUGGAGGGACUGUCUCCUGAGUACUUUCAGUCCACGAGUCACCUGCACAAGCGACCAAAAACAUCCCCUGCUCAGGCCUGCAGUUUGACAGAGCUGGAUGAGAAGAUCAGUGCAGUGAAAGCAGCUUUACUGAAGAGGGUGACUGAAUUUGGGCCUGGAUAUGGAACAGAUUGCCCACUAUGAUACAUACGCACAAACCCAACAUAAUUCUUGCAUUCAGUGUGUAUCACCUGUGUUGUUUAUCUCCCCUCUCUAAUUCUCAGUAUUUGUUAUUAAAAGGGUCACCAUUUUGGAAAUUGAUGUCAUAAUAGAAACACCUACAGCAGCUGGUAAGCUUUGUUAAGCAAGCAGGUCACGGUUUACGCUCGUUGGGUCAUAUGUUAAACCCUUUGUAGUAUUUUCCAAGGUCAGCUUUGUAUAUUUUUAAAUGAUUCCAGGUUUUAGACUGUACCCAGUGAUUUCCCUUAUGCAGCAUGCGCCAUGUGAUCACAUGGCACUAUCCCAGUGUCAGUGCUAGUGAUGCUGGUUUGGACCUGUUGCACAUUAAAAAUAAACGACCCUCUAAUGAUGAAUAAAUCAUUUUCAAUUAAUGUUUUGUUCAUUUGUUUGUUUUUUACUACAUUGUUUGUUUUCUGUAGAAAUAUAUAUGAUAAUACAAUAAAGACAAAGAGCCUUUUCAUACUGAUUUCACAACAGCUGAGACUUUGGAGCAUUUGUGUUAUUAAUGACAAAAAAUAAAAUAUUUCCAGAAUAUUUUCAUUGUUAAAAAUAU